AUCCUUCUCUCUCGUCUCCAUCACUUGCUGGUGGCUGGUGCUACACUUUCACAUCUCUCUCUCUCUCUCUCUCUCUCUCUUUGUGUGUAACUCACACAGAUAAGGAGAGAGAAUUACACUAUUGUUGAGAAGGAUGGAUCACUAGGUUCUUCUUCAUCUUCUUCAUUGAGCUUUUGCUUCCUUACUAUUUAACCCUACUCUUCAUCUUUCAUUUCCUCAUUAGCUUUGCCUUCUAUUUUUGGUCUCCCUCGGGAUCUGAUCUCUCUCUUUCUUUCUCUUUCGCUACUAGCUACAUGCACAGGACUCCUGAAAGCAAAUAAGAUUCAGUUCAAUUCCCGAGGAUAUAUACCACUUUUCACUUUAUUGUCUUCUUCUGUGUCUGUUGUGGGUUUCAUUCAUUCCCUGUCUUUCUUUCAGUGCUUUUGGUUUUUUGUCUGUUUAUGUUGGACUCCACCAAGCUAUUAUUAAGCUUGUCGAUGCGAUUGCGAAGGCAAAAACAACGUCAGAAAGAUUCUCUCCUAUCCACCCAUCUCCAUCCUGCGGCAUAUCUUUAGUGCUUCAGACGAGGCUGUUUAAUUUUCAUCAGAUCUGCUGAACAAUUCUAUUUGCGAAGACCAUUUUGUCUCUGCGCAGAGUCAGGUUUUGAAACUCAUCAGACAGCAGACAUGAAUACAUUUUCACAUGUUCCUCCGGGGUUUCGAUUCCAUCCCACUGAUGAAGAACUCGUUGAUUACUACCUCAGAAAGAAGAUAGCUUCCAAGAGGAUUGAUCUUGAUGUAAUCAAAGAUGUCGAUCUCUACAAAAUUGAGCCAUGGGAUCUUCAAGAGCUAUGCAGAAUAGGAAGCGAGGAACAAAAUGAGUGGUAUUUCUUCAGCCAUAAAGAUAAGAAGUAUCCAACAGGAACACGCACGAAUAGAGCCACAAAGGCAGGAUUCUGGAAAGCCACUGGAAGAGAUAAAGCAAUAUAUUCAAAGCAUUGUCUGAUUGGUAUGAGAAAGACUCUUGUGUUCUACAGAGGAAGAGCUCCUAAUGGACAGAAAUCUGACUGGAUCAUGCAUGAGUAUCGCCUUGAAACUAAUGAAAAUGCAACUCCUCAGGAGGAAGGUUGGGUUGUAUGCAGAGUGUUCAAGAAGAGAAUUAUGACGACAAUGAGAGAAGUAGGAGAAUAUGAAUCACCAUGUUGGUACGACGAGACAACCUCGUUCAUGCAAGACCUUGAUCAUCAAUCUCCUCGACGUAGUAAUAUUUCUCCACCUAAUUACUACGCAUGCAAGCAAGAGUUUGAAUUCCAAUACAACAUCAUCAAUAAUCUCCCUCCUCACGAUCAUACUGCUUUCCUUCAACUUCCUCAGCUUGAAAGCCCUAAUAAAGUCCCUAUCUUCGGUAAUAACGCCUUUGAUCAUCAUCAUCACAGAAACAACAAUAUCAGCAGUAAUACCAUGAACUCAUCAUCAACAUCGUCACUACUGUAUGAUCAGGCAGCAGCAGUUUUAGUGGAUGAUCAAGUUAUUACUGAUUGGAGAGUGUUUGAUAAGUUCGUUGCUUCUCAGCUGAGCCAAGAUGAUCAUCAUCACCAACAACAACAUGCUGCUUCCAAGGAAACCACUUUUGAUAAUUCCAAUAAUAAUAAUAAUAAUAAUAAUAAUAAUAAUAAUAAUAAUGUUGACGUGGUUGCUGUCCCUGAACAAGUUACUAUGAUAUUGGAGAAUCAGUCGACAACGAGGUCGUCGGAGUUGGAGCAGGAAUAUGCAUCAGCAUCCACCACCACUACCUGCAACAAUAUUGAACUGUGGAAGUGAUCAUCAUCAAAACAUGCAGUUUUCACAUACUAAUUAAUCAUAGGAUACUGCAGUUUAACGUUGGGGAAUUAAGGAGGGGUUUCGAGUAUGAUAUGUAUAUAUAUAGCUCCAUCCAUAUGUUUCUAUGUACAUAAUAAGACCCAACGUAUAUACAUAUAUAUAGUUGGAUGAUUGGAGCUCUGGUGGCCCAUGGUUACCCUUACACUAGGCCAUCAGAUCGAUGCACACCAUAUAUGAUAUAUAUGCUUAUAUAGGUUAUAUGGAGCUAAUACAUCAGUGCUUCUCUGAGAGAACUACUGUGGGGUCCUCAGUGUCGAUGGAUAUGUAGUGAUAUAAUUCUGUGAAUGCAAAAGGUUUUAUAUAUAUUCUA